UGCAAAUUCCCAAUGCGCACGCACUCGGAUCACACAAGACCGGACCGAUCACAAGACCGGACCGAGUCAUCCAGCUGCUGCCCGCGCACGAUGGUAUCAUGUUUUGCUGCAUGACUGACUUCCUCUCAAAUGGCACGCCACAAAACCUGAAUUUGAUUUGAGGGAAAUUACAAUCACUUCUCAAAUUCACUCUCAAAGUUGCAAAAUAUAGUCAUAUAGAGAGUCACUAUCAACAUCAUUGUUAUAAUCUCGUUCGCAGAUGCGCGUCUUGUCUCGCAAGUGGCUGGGCGUGCUCGCGAUCGGCUCUUUCCUGCUUCUGCUGCUGGUGCUGUUCAACGCGCCGAACCCGAGCGGCUCGGGAGUUGACCUGCGGCCGGGCAGGACCAAUGAAGCAGAGACGGCCAUCAGGGAGCACAUUCGAGACCUCUUCGAUGACUACCAUGAUAUUUCCUAUCGUAUCAAAGAGGAGGUCGCGUGUCGCUUGGCAAGAAAUGCGUGCGUCUGCGUGGCUGACGAGGAGACUUUUCGGCUGCCUUUCUCCAACCUGCUCUUCCCACGCGCAAAGGCCCACCAGCUGGACGUGAAGUUUUUACAAUCCCAUCCCGACCCCGAAGGCGUGAAGCGUCAGCGAGCUCGAGAAUACAGCCGCGUUCAAAUCAGGUCGUCCAGUCCCGCAGACGUGCUGAUCGUAAAUAAAGCCAACAGUCCUCUUCAGUUUCCCUCCCAGGGCGUAGCAGUGCGACCUCUCAACACCAUCAUCAUACCAGGUUUGGGUCUUUUUGAAGAAGCAGCGUCAAACCACACGAUAUAUUUAACCGCCACACUGGGGACUUUUGAUGUGGCGGCUACGGUGGAGAGGGUCUCGGUGGCAGGAGGAGGAACGGCGCGCUUGAUGCUCUCCAGUGCUUUUCUGUCAGCCCUGAACAGGCAAUUGCAGUUUGUCACCUACACCAACUCCAUCUUCCAUCCCAAGACAGCAGACACAGUUCAGUUUGCAACUCAAAGUCACAACUCAUUUUUCACCAUCAAAAUUGGCCACCCUGCCACCCCGAGACUUUACAAGUCUGGCUAUCAUCCAAAAGAGAGCAACAUCAGCGAGCUGGUUACCAUUGCGACAAAGACCUUUCUACGUUACGACAAAUUGAAAGAUCUCAUCGACAGCAUACGGCAAUUUUAUCCAUCCGUGGCAAUCGUGGUGGCAGAUGAUAACGAGCACCCGCAGCAAGUGACCGGAGCUCAUGUCCAGCAAUUCAUUAUGCCCUUCGGGAAGGGCUGGUUUGCUGGACGAAAUUUGGCCGUGUCUCAGGUGACCACCAAAUACGUGCUCUGGGUGGAUGAUGAUUUCAUCUUCAAAGCCGACACCAACUUGGAGAAGAUGGUGGACGUUCUCGAGAGGACCAGUCUGGAUCUGGUCGGCGGAGCGGUUCGAGAAGCAACCGGCUGGACGUCCACGUUCCGUCACACCAUUUCAGUGGAAGCGGGCGGAGACGACGGCGACUGCAUCCACAUCCGGCGCGGCUACCAUCAUGCCGUCGAGGGCUUUCCUAACUGCGUGGUCACCGACGCUGUCAUCAACUUCUUCAUGGGGAGAACUGACAAAGUGCAGCAGGUGGGCUUCAACCCCCGGCUGGCUCGGCGAGGCCAUCUAGAGUUCUUCAUUGACGGGCUGGGCGCUCUCCAUGUCGGCUCAUGCAGUGACGUGAUCGUAAACCACGCGUCAAAGAUCAAAUUGCCGUGGAGCGGAACCAAAUCGGAAAAGGCCUAUGAAAAAUUUCGCUACUCCAAGAGCGAUGAUGAAACUUACAUACAUGAUGAAAACCUUUACUUCUCAAACAGGUUCAAAUGCAUGACCAGGCAAUAAUGAAACAUGCCAAUAGCAAUGGGAAGUGAAUUUAGUAUUUUAUUUUCAUCCCCGCCAAAUGGCGUUUGAAUUUUGAAGUGAAAAAAUCUUAAUAUCGGCGCAAAUCUCGCCUUUGAAACUGUGAAAUCAUGUGCGCUCGCCAAAACUUGCUUCCCAAAAGGCACGUUUGUGCUUUGUUUGCUGACCGCCGGAUGGUCUUGUCAUGCGGAACCACUGGCUAUAGUGCCACCUUGUGGUUGAUGUUAGGAGCACAUGCGCUUGAGACGAGUGGGGGUCCCAAAAGGCAAAAACAAAUCGGUUUGCAUGAAGUUAACGAUCAUUUCAAAUGGUAGCAUUGUAACCAUCCAAGCUGUCUUUCGAAGUCGAACUCAAGAGCGACUGCCGAGUGCAGCAACCUCUUUGAUAACCUCAAGGACAAUCGCAAUAAAGCUGCCUUUCAUUUACAAAUAUGACCCACAGAUGCACAAACAUGAAAUGUUUUGUUAGCUUUAAUGUAUAAUAUGUGCAAGUUUGUCCAAACUGACAUUGUUUUAUCGCUUUAUCCCUGCCUACAAUGCCUCACUGGUCACAUUUUGUGGCGACCAAAAAAAACAACCCCACACUUUGGGGUUUUACGUCAGCCUUUUGAGUGUUUAUUUAUAUCAGAUAUGUGGUCUAUGACGGAUUUUGCUGCAAUCAGAUCAUUUACAGAGAAAUUUGAACUACUGAUUGUAUAUCUGUAUUGUGUACACUGUUCGGUUGGAGAAUCCAGAGAUAAAAGGGAAGUGAUUGAAUUUUUUAUAAUUAUGUGUAACAUGUUUCAUCCUUACAUUAUGAUCGAAGGUGAAUGAAUCGAAUGAAUAACGACGUGAAAUAUUGACUACCUCAUGACUUUUUUUUUUUUACAUGAAAAUUGAGUGUAUUAAAAAUGAAAGUAAUUUCCCUCCACUGCAUCAGUAUACAUUUUUACAAAUUCAA